UGUUGUUCGCUCGACUCGCAGCCGUGCCAGCUCAAGAAUUUGAGGCUGUGUUCAGCUUGGCAGCGCUUUGGCACAGCUCUUUUUGCACAGCAAGUUUUGCUGCUCCCCCUUGAUGCUCAGAGUCGAGCCUUGAACGAGCGCCUAGCGCCGUCUCCGGCCGGCACGAGUGGCCAACGUGGCCACAGAGGUCACAAACACUGAUCACGCCGGCUUUUAGAGCCAGCACUAGACUGCGGGCCGCACAGAGGCAACAGCACUGCACUCACAGCCCUUUUGCUUGCGUCGUUACGUAGCCGAGAGCGCGAGAAUGCGCUCCAAACACUGCAUUACGCUGUGGCUGACAUUUAGCAGCUGUGCAGCAUUGAUACUCCCCGCACCGCGCCGGCCGAUCAGGACACGGCACCACGCCGCCCCGCCCCUCGAAUUCGUGAAGGCCGUCGGCGCCCACCUCCCACUCGCCGACGACGCACAAACAACGUACGUUCACAGAGACCCGGACGUCCUCAUAUUGCGCAACUUCAUCAAGAAGGAGGACUGCGACGGGUUGCUCGCGGCAGGCCGCGCCGCGUCCCUGGAGAAGUCGCCCGUCGAAUACGCCGGCUGGACCGAAGACGCUGCGGAAUUGCUGCAGACGUGGGCGUCGGGCCCGGCGGCCUGGAUCGCCCUCGCGGCCGUUCUCAUCUCAGUGAAUAUCUUCGGCGUCGAGGAUCGGAUCCAACUGGCGGAAACGGGGCUCGGGGUCUAUGUUGUGAAUCUCGGGCUGGCCGCUGUGGCGAUCUUCGGCUUCCUGGACCAGCGCAAGGAGAAGCUCCAGGCUUUGCGGACCAGCAAGUCCGUGGCGCUGCGCGGGUCGACACCAGCACAAGGUGAGGUCGCCUGCUAUGAACGAUUGCUGGAGUUAUUACCAUCAAUAACCCCAGAGAGCUGCGAGGCCCUGACCCUCAUAAAAUACGACCCGGGCGACGCGCUGGCGCCGCACUACGACGCGAAUCGCGCGGCCGACGCCGAGGACGUGGCCCGGGGCGGCCAGACCCUCGCGACGUUGCUCGUGUAUCUCAACGACGUUGAUGAUGGUGGCCGCACGCGCUUCAACAAACUUGGUAUAACGGUCGCGCCCCGGAAGGGCGACGCGUGCCUCUUCUUCCCCGCGGACGCCUCGGGGCAGUUCGACGAGCGACUCGAGCACGAGGGUGAAGCGCCGGGCGCCGAGAAGUGGAUCGGGCGCAUCUGGGUCCAUGCGCGGCCUAUCAUUGGCGAGACGGGGUGCCCGCCGGGGACGCUCGAGGCACUUCGUAACAGGUAAU